AAGACGGCAAUUAUUCCUCAACAUUCGGCCGCCUUCCACCAAAUUUCGUCGAUUUUUCCAGAUCGAAGUUUGAGCCGAUGGCGUCCGAAGCGGAGGGUUGGAUCCUGACGGCGACGGGACGAGCUCCGACCAACAUCGCAGUGAUCAAGUACUGGGGGAAGCGCGACGAGGGCCUCAUCCUCCCCGUGAACGAUAGCAUCAGCGUCACCCUCGAUCCCGACCACCUCUCUGCCACUACCACCGUCGCCGUUAGCCCCACCUUCGAUCGCGAUCGGAUGUGGCUUAAUGGCCAGGAGAUUUCUGUUUCCGGGGACAGGUUCCAGAAUUGUUUGAGGGAAAUCAGGAAGCUCGCGAGAGAUGUGGAGGAUGUGGACAAAGGCGUCCUGAUCAGGAAGGAAGAUUGGCAGAAACUGCAUGUCCACAUUGCUUCUUAUAAUAACUUCCCCACUGCUGCAGGGUUGGCUUCUUCAGCUGCUGGCUUUGCUUGCCUUGUUUUCACCCUGGCAAAGCUAAUGAACGUAGACCAGGAUCACGGAAAGCUUUCAUCUAUAGCGAGGCAGGGAUCAGGUAGUGCAUGCCGUAGUCUCUAUGGUGGUUUUGUUAAAUGGGCGAUGGGUGAUGAUGCUAGCGGAAGUGAUAGCAUUGCAGUUCCCCUUGCCCCAGAAUCUCAUUGGAAUGAUCUUGUUAUUAUCAUUGCUGUGGUUAGCGCAAAGCAAAAGGAAACUAGUAGCACUAGUGGGAUGCGUGAUAGUGUUGAGACAAGUCCCCUUUUGCAGUAUAGGGCACAGACUGUUGUCCCUCAUCGAGUUCAGAAAAUGGAAGAAGCCAUUAGAAGUCGUGAUUUUGCAUCUUUUGCUAUGUUGACUUGCUCAGACAGCAAUCAAUUUCAUGCUGUUUGCUUGGAUACUAGCCCUCCUAUAUUCUACAUGAAUGAUACAUCACACAGGAUAAUCAGUCUUGUUGAGAGAUGGAACAAAGCUGAAGGAAUUCCACAGGUAGCCUAUACCUUCGAUGCGGGGCCAAAUGCUGUCUUGAUUUCACAAAACAGAAACACUGCAGGGCUUCUGCUUCGGCAACUACUGUUCUGCUUCCCUCCACCACCAGACAGUGAACUAUCUAGUUAUGUAAUAGGAGACAAAUCAAUUCUUGGUGAAGCUGGUGUGCAGUCUAUGAAUGAUAUCAAAGCCCUUCCACCACCUUUUCUAAAUAAGGAUGGAUCUCCAUGUCAAAAAAUUGCAGGCGAAAUUAGCUAUUUUAUCUGUACCAAUCUUGGAAGUGGACCAAAGCUACUCGACCAGAACCAGUCUCUGAUAAGUCCAUCAAGCGGGCUUCCAAAGUGAGCUAGCUCACUAUAACUCCUGUUCCCAAAUAAAUCCACACUCAUCAUGUCAUGCUUAAUUGCUGCCCUCACCUGCCUUUCUUUUUGUCCUUCGGGAUUGUUGUUCGGUCGUCAUCCUAGGAAUAGCUAACCCAUAAGAGGCUGAAAUUUAUUUUUGGGUUAAAUUGCUAUCUAUUUAAAGUGAUACUUUCUGGUGUCUGAGUCCAAACUUGGCUUCCUGUAAUCUGUUGCAUGUGCUUCACAAUUUCCCGUCUUUGAGAUGCUAGUAGUUCAUAAGUUUGAUUCACACA